AUGUAUUGGACGGUAUACGCAGCUUCAAACCUUCCCACUUCUUUAAGGUCACCGGGUAAAAGCAAGAAAUUACUUACCAAAGGUCGUCGUAAGAUGCGAAGCCGAUCAUACCCUUACCCUUCUAUGGAUAUCGAUGAAGAUGUGGAUCAACCAUUUGAUAAAGCGUUAUCAAAACUACAAAAGAAGAAAAGUUCCAGGUUGAAGCGUGCAAUUAAAAAACCCAGGAAAAUACCGAAUAACAGGACCGCAGCGAAACAAUUUCACAUGCAACUGAAGGCUGCCAUCAAUAUGGACAUCGAUACAUCAAAUUCUCUGGUGAAGAAGGAAGGAAUAAAUAGUAACAUGUCACGUUUUUUAUCAUCCAGUCCAAUGAUAAUUUCUGAAAGGUUAAGUGAUUAUUCAUUGCAAUCUAUUCAAGAAAGUCAAUCGUUUGCCGAUAUUAUUACCACUGAAACCACCAAUUCUAGUGGAAUGUUUGGAAUUUCUUCACAUUCUCAACAAUUUUAUCAUCGUUCAACUCGCCAACAAGCUUCUGCCAGCAUGGAGUUAAGGGAUAAUGUUUACUCUUCUAUCACGUCUGAUGAAACGGAUGAAGUUGAAAAAAAAUUCAAGUAUCUCUCAGUAAAUUCUGGUAAUGAAUUGAUGAAAAAAUUCAGUGGAGAAUACUAUCAAUGA